UGCUAGAACUAACAAAUUUAAUACUGUGCCGCUAAAAGGAAAAAGUUUACACAACAUCCAGUUGAUUAAUUACAAUUAUUCCCCCUGUUAUGUUGUAGAGCAAAAAUGAUUUGCCUGUUUGUUCUGUCUAAAAGUUAGAGCUUUUGUUUAUUUAUAGAUUAGAUCUAUCAAUUUUAAUAGUGUAGACCUCUGAAACCAAAACAAUUACACAAACCCCAAAACUAGAAUCCGAUAAAAACUGGACUCUUAAAACAAUAAUACCUCUGUGUUAUGUUGGUUUUGCUUUGAAUCUCCAUUCUUCAGCACCCUUUAAUUGGUUGAUCUGGUGGUUUGUUGGCUACGUGCUGCUGGAGACUAGUUAUUUUUCUACAAUUGGCAAUACUAUUUUUUUUUUAACAAUCAAGCGUUACGUUUCGGGAGAAUUCAACAUUUCUUUUUUGGGUUUGAUUUGGACUUUUAGUUCUUCUACAUUGUGUAGUUGUGUGAAUUGUUGAUCCAUAAUUCGGAUUGAAACUUGGUUGUCGUGAUCUAAUUUUCUCGGUUUUUAGUAAUGUGAGUGUGAUGCUACAAUCACGUGAGAAACAUCUGUUUUUGUUAUUGGAAGAAAAGUGUUGUGGAGAAAAUAGGUGUUGUACGGACUAAUGGAAACGUAUCUAGAAGCUUAUAUUUUAUGACAUGUUGUGGUAUUGGUUGUUCUUGGAGAUUUAUGUGAAAGGGAUUGAUUAUUUUAGUGCACUUUGAAACUCAAAUUGUUAAAGAGUGUAGCAAAAUUUGGACAUGAGAAGCUCCUGGUUCAAUAAACUUUCUGUCAUUUUUGGGCCUAGACCGCCGGUCAGUUGGUUGUUAUUAUGCCUUAUUAGUAUUGUUGCACUUGUUGCCGUCUUAGGAUCAUCAUCUUCAAAUACCUUUGACUCUUUAACUUCAACUCAAAAACCUGAUAUUUAUACAAACUAUCGAAGGCUAAAGGAGCAAGCCGCAGUUGAUUACUUGGAGCUGAGAACUCUCUCUUUGGGUGCGAGUCGGCCGAAGGAGUAUGACCUUUGUGGCAAAGAGAGAGAAAAUUUUAUACCGUGUUACAAUGUGUCAGCAAAUUUGUUGGCUGGAUUUCGAGAUGGAGAGGAGUUUGAUCGGCAUUGUGAAAUUUCUAGACUAGGAGAGCGGUGCUUGGUACGCCCUCCAAAGGAUUAUAAGAUCCCCUUAAGGUGGCCCGCUGGCAGGGAUGUGAUAUGGAGCGGAAAUGUGAAAAUUACAAAAGACCAAUUUCUUUCGUCUGGAAGUAUGACGAAAAGAUUGAUGUUACUGGAAGAGAAUCAAAUCGCAUUUCAUUCCGAGGAUGGAUUGAUUUUUGAUGGUGUCAAAGAUUACUCUCGCCAAGUCGCUGAGAUGAUAGGGUUGGGAAGUGACUCCGAAUUUGGUCAAGCUGGUGUUCACACCAUACUCGAUAUUGGUUGUGGAUUUGGAAGCUUUGCAGCUCAUUUAGUGUCACUGAAGCUAAUGGCUAUUUGUGUUGCGGCAUAUGAAGCCACUGGCAGUCAAGUCCAAUUGGCCCUUGAGAGAGGUCUUCCAGCUAUGAUUGGGAAUUUCAUCUCAAGACAACUUCCAUAUCCAUCAUUGUCAUUUGACAUGGUUCAUUGUGCUCAGUGCGGUAUCAAUUGGGACCAAAAAGAUGGAAUGUUCCUUAUAGAAGUGGAUCGAUUACUUAAGCCUGGAGGUUACUUCGUUUUAACCUCGCCUGCAACCAAGCCACGUGGAAGUUCACUGAGUAUGAAGAAGAGGGGCAUGCUAAAACCGAUGCAAGAAUUCGCCGAAAAAAUCUGCUGGACUCUGAUGGCCCAGCAAGAUGAGACAUUCAUUUGGCAGAAGACUGUGGAUUCUCAUUGCCAUUUAUCUAGAAAGCAGGCUAUACCACUUUGCCAAGAAGGACCUGAUGCUGUAAAAUACUAUCAGCCCCUCGUGCCAUGUAUUAGUGGGACAACCAGCAAGCGCUGGAUUUCCAUUCAGAAGAGAUCUGCUGGUUCCCAGUUGAGCUCAGCUGAGCUUGAAGUUCAUGGAGUUAAGCCUGAAGAUUUCAGUGAAGACUUACAGGUCUGGAGGAUGGCUCUGAAAAAUUAUUGGUCUUUGCUUACACCCUUGAUUUUCUCUGACCAUCCUAAGAGGCCUGGCGAUGAAGAUCCAUUACCUCCAUUUAACAUGAUCCGCAAUGUAAUGGACAUGAAUGCUCAAUAUGGAGGUUUAAAUGCUGCAUUUCAGGAGGAGAAAAAAUCUGUGUGGAUGAUGAAUGUUGUGCCUGUCACAGCUCGAGAUACACUUUCUCUCAUACUUGAUAGAGGUUUUGCUGGUGUUUUGCACGAUUGGUAA